AUGAAUGAUUAAAAUAUAAAGCUGAAAUUGCAGAAAUUGUUUAAUCAUAUUAAGCAGAAAGAAUAGAAGAGGUAAUAAUAGUUUUUUAAUAAUAAUAACAAGUAAUUAGUUGAAUAAGCUAAACCAAGAGUGUUAUUAAGUUGGAGUGAAUGAUGCUAAAAUAGGUUAGACUGCUUAUGCACGUAAAGUAAUUCUUGAUAUGAGGAAACCAUAAUGA